AUGGUCACGCGGCUCGGUCGACGCUCGUCCAUCGACUUAGCGGAUGUCGCGGCGGCGAGAGCGGCGGCAGCCGCGGCGAAAGAAUCACCCUCGGCUCGUGAGACUUCUAGCAAAGGCGGCGCCGCAACCGCCGGCAGCAGUUCCGCUUACGGCGGCGCGAGGAGGCUACAUCUGUCGAACCGCCAGACAAGCGGAGAUUGGGCGGCGUAUGCUGCGCAGGGGAAGAGCGGCGCGCAGGUGAAGAGCGGCGCGCAGAAUACGCCCGCGCACGCGCAAGCGCAAGGGCAGCGUGGUCGGUCGCUUUCCCCCCUCGCGAACGCCUCCGGGGAGGACGAGCACACGUCUCCCCGCUUGCGCGAGGGCGGAGCCGGCGGCGCAGACUCCGCGCACGCGCAAUAUUGCCCACACAAAUCCCCGCGAGCUGCCCGCCUCCCCCUUGGUUCCCCGCGUUCUUCAGCUAAUGAGUCCGCUGGUGCGCCUAUGCCAGCGCUUGACCCCACUCAAGCGGGGAUGCUUUUUUCCGCCGUUUUGCACCGUGGGAAAGCCGCCGGUUCGCCCGAAGCGGCGGAAUCGGCGGAAGGUCGCGGUCGCUCUUCCCCCCCCGCUUCAGGGGGAAGUUCUGCCGCGUCGGGGCACAGGCGGGGUCAUCGGCGCGCCGCUAGCGCGCAACUGAACUCUAUGGACACCGCGGCGGGGCGUGGGGGGAUGGGAGGGGGCGGGGAGGCGGAGAGGAGUGUGAGUUGGAGGGGGAGAUACGAGAGGAGGCCUCUUGCCACGUCAGCAGUAGGAGAGAAGGAGAUAGGAGGAGGGGGAGGAGGAGGAGGAGCAGGAGGAGAAGCGGAAGGUGGGGGAGGGGAGGAAGGUGAUGGGGUGCUAGAGAGAAGUUUAAGUGCUAGGAGGCGUGACCAGGCGGAAAUGGAACGAACACUAAGCACCAGACGAAGGGAAGCAGCAGGAGGAGGAGGAGGAGGAAGAGGAGGAGAGAGAGGAGGGAGUGGGGAAGGGGAAGGAGAAGACGGAGAGGUGGGUUUGGAGAGAACGUUGAGUGCAAGGAGGAGGGAUCAAUUGGAAUCGGAGAGGAGCCUUAGCUCAAGGCGACGGCAGGAGGCUUUAAGUUUUGCAACGUCCCAAAGCUCGCGAGAGGAGGCUUUAAGUCUUGAGACGUCCCAAAGCUCGAGACGAGAGGGGGCUUUAAGUACUGAUGCUGGUGCUGGUGGUGUUGGCUUGGGCAUGCGCCGUUCUCCUAGCGAAAGUGCUCUUAACGUGAAGGGAUGUAAGAGUGUAACGAGUGAUUAUGAGGGAAGACGGUCUCACUUCCCUUCGCUGUCACCACCGCCGUCCUUAUCCGCGUCUCCCGUUUUGCUUUCUCCCGUUGGCUUGUCCAUGCCGAACCAGCGCCAAGCCUCUUUGCAAGGCUCGGGAGAAAUAGAGCCCGAGGAGGAAGGCACGGAUGAGGAGGAAGAGAUGGAGAGGGAGAGGGAGACGGAAAGGGAGAAAAAGCUGGAGAUUAUUCGGAAGCAGGAGGAGUUGCAGCAGCAGCGGGCAGCUCUCCAGAGGCAGCAGGAGGAGCUUGUGAGACAGCAGCAGCUGCUGCUGCAGCAGCAGGAGGAGUUGCGGUUGCAAGAGGAAAGGUUGCUUGCAGAGCAGGAGCAGCAGGAGAGGGAGAGGGAGAAAGAGAGGGAAAAGGAGAGGGAUAAGGAGAAGGAGAAGAAGAAGGGGCAGGUGCGGCAGUUGCAGCAGCAGCGGCAAUCCAGCCGCUCGGGUAGACGGCCAACCCUUACUAAGAUAUUGUCAGGGAGGCAGAGCCACAAGCAGCAAGAGCAGAAGCAGGAGGAGAAAGAGAGAGAGAAAGAGAAGGGAGAGGGCAAGAGCGAGCAGACGCAAGGGCAGCUGGCACAGCCAGCACUGCCAUCUCAGCAGCAGCAGCAACCACAACCGCAGCAGCAGCCGCCACAGCAGCAUGUGGGGAGGGGUAACGAGUUGAUUUUUGAGUCGACUCAAAAAUCAACUCAUGUGGGGAGGGGUAACCAACCGAUUGCUAGAUUCUUCUCUGCUGCUUCUGGUACCCUCAAGUCUCUGAUUGGUGGUGGCAGCAGCAGCACUGGUGGUGGUGGGGCUGCUGCUACUGGUAGUGGAUCAAGCAGGGGGGGUCACGGUGCAACCUCCCCUCUGCCAUCCCCGCUUCCCUCUCCUGUCCUCUCCUCCUUCUUUCACACUGCUGCUGCUGAGGCUGCUCCUGCUCCUGCUCCUGCUGCUGCCGCUGCUGCUGCUGCUGCUGCUGCUGCUGCUGCUGCUGCUGCUGCUGCUGGUGCAGUUGAUUCAGAUGCUGCCCUUGCCGACCCUGCUGCUUCGGGUUCCGAGCCACAUGCGGUGCUGGCAGCAGAAUGCUUGGAGGCCACAGGCUCGGAAAACACAGGUGCGGCAUCAGCAGGCUCGGCAAUUGCAGGCUCAGCAAUUGCAGGUUCGGCAGCAGGAGUGGAAGCAGUGGCAGCGGCAGGCUUGGAAGCCACUUUCAGGCUCGGAAUACCUGGAGAUUCUCCUGAUGACGUGGCAGGAUUUCUCACGACUCUUCAGCAGAAGCAGAAGCAGGCCAAUCGGCGUGCAAGGCGCGUGUCGUGUGCUGCUGAUGGUCACGAUGUGAGGGGGAGAAGGCCUGGUGCUGCUGCUGCUGCUGCUGAUGAUGAUGAUGAUGAUGAUGCUGCUGCUGCUGAUGAUGCUGAUAAUGAUGAUGCCGCUGAUUCUAGUUCUGCUGCUGCUGCCGCUGCCGCCGCUGCUGCUGCCUCUGCUGCUAGGAUUGGUAGUGUUAGGGAUGGGGGCGGCGGUGUUGCUGCUGCAGCUGCUGCUGCUGCUGCUGCUGCUGCUGCUGCUGCUGGGACUUCCAGUGCUAGUGGUGGGGGUCGGGAUGUUUGGGCUGCUGCUGGUCUUGGUGUAGCUGGUGCUGCCACUGAGUUUGGUGGUGGUGAGUCAAGAACAGCCAUGAGUCGCCGCCCACGGCGACAAAGUGCCGAAUAUAUCCGCCCAAACAUGCUAGCAGACAAGGAACGCCACACCGCUGACACUGGCUCGUUUAAAGACAAGGACAAUGAACAGGAAGACGAUAUGAACAGUGAUUUGAACAGUGAAGUGAACAGUGACCUAGGGUUUGAUUCCCCGGACCAUCCCGCCAGGUUCGUUAACCACUCUGACCGCAGGGUCGGCGCCCGAGGCAAAGCCAGGCUCGGCGGAGGCCCGUUACCGCACCAAACGGCUGUGCACGAGGGUCGGGGAGGGUGGGAGGUGCGGGGGGGAGGGGGGGGAGGGGGCAGUGGUGUACUUGCUAGCAGAAGCUGCAGAAAUGAGAGUGAUGCGGAUUAUAGUGUGGGUUCUCCUGGGAAUGGUGUUGCUAUGCUGGCGGGGUUUCAGCUAAAGGGUAUUCCUACGGAGCAGCUAGGGUUGCUACUAGAGCAGCAGGCGGAGAAUCGAGUUGCUAGGGCGAAGGGCGGCAGUGGGAGUGGUGCUGCUGGCGCUGCUGCUGCUGCUGCUGCAGGUGCAUCAGGUGCUGUGGCUGGUGGCGGUGGUGGUGGUGUGAGGAAGGACUACAUAUUUGAGAAGCCGUAUGAGGAUUUGAGAACGAGGUAUAUUCUGCACAACAAGAAGCUGGGCAGUGGGCAGUACGGGGUGAUCCGGCGGUGUCUGGAGAUCAGCAGUGGCAUGCAGCUGGCGUGUAAGACGGUCAAGAAGGCUGAGAUCAAGUCACAUGAGGAGGCACAGGAUUUGAGGAAGGAGGUUGCCACUCUCUCCAUGCUGCAGGGCCAUCCCUUCAUCGUUCGGCUGCAUGACACUGUGGAGGACAGGAAGCACGUCCACAUGGUGAUGGAGCUAUGUACUGGAGGAGACCUGUUCGACCGAGUAGCAAAGGACGGCCCCUACAGCGCGGCAGCGGGCGCCAGGUUGUGUGCGCAGCUGGUGGCGGCGCUGCUGCACUGCCACCGCCACGGCAUCGUGCACCGCGACGUGAAGCCCGAAAACAUCCUCCUUACAAGCAGGCAGCUAAAUAGUGAUAUCAAGCUGGUUGAUUUCGGCAUCGCGACCUUCUUCCAGGAAGGAGAGAGACUGAAGGAGCUGAUGGGAACGCCGCAGUACAUGGCACCGGAGCUCAUCCAGGGGGAGUACGGCCCCGAGGUGGACGUGUGGAGCGCCGGAGUCGUCAUGUACAUUGCCAUGUGCGGCGUGCCGCCCUUCUGGGCUUCGUCCAAUCGCUCGCUUGCGGAGGCGAUUCGAGGGAAGGAGGUCAGCUUUAAGAGCGCCAAGUGGGCUGGCGUGCCGGAGGAGUGCAAGGAUUUGAUUGGCCGGAUGCUGGAUAAGGACCCGAAGCGGCGAAUAACGGCUUUAGAGAUACUUGCUUUCUUCCUCUCCCAGUCCCCCCGAGCCCUACCCCCCCACCUCCUCACCCACCCCCUCUCCUCGAUGUCCCUUAUCCUAUGA